AAGCUGCUCCCUUCCCUCUCGGCGUCUCUCGAGGACAUCUUUACCCACUGGGAAAAAACUCCCUCGAAUUCCAGGAGAAGAAAGGUGAGUGAUGAUGAGGAAGCCAUCCCUGAAAAGAUCAGAGUUCCUGAUCCUGUGAGCAGCUCUGAGAGCUCAGAGAAAGAAGAGGACGAGAAAGAGAAGGCAAAAGCUGCAAAUGCAGUCAGCCUUCCUCUGGCCACCAACUCGGGAGUGAAUGUAGAAAGCAGUGAAGAGGAUGACUCCUCAUCAGAAGAGGAGACACCAGCUGGAAAAGGUGCAGUUGCGGUGACACCAGCUGUGGUGAGUGGCAAAGCUGCCACCAACUCCCUGCACUCUCCCAACAAACCCACUGCCCCGACAGGCAAAGCAGCUGUGCCCUCUGCUGCAGACAGAACUGUGGUCUCAAAUAAACAGCAGCCCAAUGCAGCAGCUGCAUCUCCAGCCAAGGCUGGGCAGAAGCUGCCUGGUCCUGGGAAGCCUGGACAUCCCACAACAGCCACGACCAAAGCAGGUCAAAGCAAAGCACCAGUAACGACCAAAGCACCGGAAAGCUCCAGCAGCAGCAGCAGCGGCAGCAGCUCCUCAUCAGAGAGUGAGGAGGAAAAAGAGACACCGGCUGUGAAGGGCCCAGCGCCCAGAGUGGAGGUGAAGCAGGCAGCUGGGGCUGCUGAGAGCAGCAGUGAGGAAUCAAGUGAUGAGACGUCCUCCGAGGAGGAGCUUGCAACUCCAGUGGUCCAGGCAAAAGCAGCUGUGAAAACAGUGCCGGUUAAUGCAGCGCCUGUGAAAAGUGCACCUGUACCUUCCGUGUCCCUCAGGAGGAUUGCAGUGAGGCAAACAGCAGUGACACCAACCCAGGCCAAACCCGCAGCCACAACGGUUCCUACAACGGUUCCUGGGGCUGCGAAGCCCGACGACACAUCAGAGAGCAGCGACUCAUCCGACAGUGAAGAUGAGGAACUUCCAUCAGUAACCCAAACAAAGCCACCUCCAAAAUCCAACCAGGCCGUCCCGUCUCCAGUGAAACCUACACCAGCAGCGUCUCUCUCUGGCAAAGCAACUCCAGCAAAAACACUUCCACUCUCCCAAGGGAGGCCAGCACCAAAGCCAGCAGUGCCAAAGCAGGCCAAAACCACACUGGGAAGGACUGCUGCUCCCACAAAGCCUGCUGAAAGUGCAAAGCCAGUGGAGAGCUCUGACUCUUCAGGCAGCGACGAGGAGGAUCAUCCUGUGCCUGUCAGCCAGAAGAGGUUAACGGAACAGCCUGCCCCUGUUCCCAACCUGAACCAGGCUGCUAAAGCAGUGGGAAGCACCUUGAAAAGCCAGGCCUCGGGAAGUGGGAGCAGUGACUCUUCUGACAGUGAAGAGGAGUCCCCUGCAGCACCGACACAGCCUCUGCAAGCUGUGAAAACCAAUGCUGUGCCCCAGCCAGCAAAUGUAAAGAAGGCGCCGGCUCCAGCAGCAGCCCCAGUCCCUCCACCUGCGGAGAGCAGCGAUGAUUCCAGCGAGGAGUCAGAUUCAGAGGAGGAAAUAGUCCCCCCUUCUCAGAUUCUGUCCCAGCAGAACAUCAAAGCAGCCCAGGUUUUGAGCGCAGUGGCUGCUAAGGCUAAUGCCACGCUGCCUCCAGAGAAGGGGAUAAAAGCUCCUGCUGUUCCUCCAGUUAUCAGCGUGUCCGAGAGCUCCAGUAGCGAUUCCUCAGAUGAAGAGGUGGUGCCAGAAAAGGUCCCCACUGCUUCUAGCCUGAAGCAGACGGUUCCUGUGGGAAAAGCUGCCCCAGCCAGUGCUGCCACGCCACAGGCUGCUCCGAACCCAGGCCUGCAGCCAGCACAGAACACCCGCCUGGACCAGGCUGUGCCACCUGCCCAGGCAGAGGAGACCACAGACAGCGGCAGUUCCUCAGACAGCAGCGACGAGGAGGCACCCAAGCAGCCCCCCAAACCUGGCUCACUGCAGAAACCAGGAGGCACCCAAGCAGCCCACAGCUCCUCCUCAGAGUCCAGUGAGGAGGAGGAGGAGGAGGCAGCAGCAUCACAGUCCCUCCUCACAGGCUAUUCGGGCACCCCCAGGACCCCAGCAACACCCCAGACACCAAAGACCGUUCCCCUCCAGGCUGUGGGCAAAGCAGGGCAAGCGAAAGCAGCCGUGACUGCUGCCAACUCCCUCAGCAAGGCCCCUGUGAAAGCAGCCCCGGCCAACAGCUCCAGCAGUGACAGCAGUGACUCUGACACAGACGUGGACCAGGUGGCUACAAACCACAAAGCAGAGAACAACCCUCCUCCUCCAGGGCAGGAAGCCACAGGAGCCUCCAACAAAGAGAAGGUGGCAGGAAAAAUGGAGCCAGGUCAUGCCAGCCUCAAGCCUUCCCCAGUCAAGAAAGCCCUGGCUGUGAAAGAGAAUGAUGUUGGGGCAAAAGGUGCACAAAUGACCCCAGCAUCAUCUGCGCUGUUCUCCGUCCCACAAUCAGAGGAGUCAAGCUCGGGGAGUGAAACUGAGAUCGCUGCUGGCAAAGUUCCUCCAGUGCAAAAACCAGUGGAAGGGCUGGAAGGGAAGAAGAAGAAGAAAAGGGAGAAAAAAGAAAAGAAGGAAAGGAAGAAACCUUCCUCCACAGCAGACAAGGCUGUGAAAGCAUCUAAAAGCAAAGACAAAGAGAACAAGAAACAGAAAACAUCUCAGAAGCGGAAACAUCCGGGAGAGGUUGGGGCUGUUGGGCAGCCCAAGGAGAAGAAGCGGAAAGUGCCAGCUAAUGAAGAGGUACCCAAAAAGAAAAAGAAGAAAGCAGCUGGAGAGAUGGAGAAGUUGCCAGGCAGCAAGGAAAAGAAAAAAGCAGCUAAAAAAAAAAAGACUGGAAAAGAAAAGAAGAAGACCAAAAAGGUGACUUCUGAAGGGGAUCCUGUAGCAGAUGGCUCUGCUGAGGUUCACAAGAAGAAGAAGAAGAAGAAAACAGCUGAGCCUGAAGGAUUGCGAGAAGGUACAUGUCCUGUGGGGACUGUCAGUACCUCUGAGCAGCAGUAA